CAAAACCACCCAUUGACAUAGCUAUCAAUAACUUCGUGCAUGUUCAAAAACGUAAACUCUAAUCUCCGCGUUGGAACUUUUUCCGGUGUCGUCGACCGAUUCAAGGAACAGCUGAGCAACGCAGACGGUUCAAAACAUCAUCCAGGUGUUGAGUGACAGAUCAGCUAUGAUGGGGGAUAAGCAGCGAGGGAUCCGAGUCACUCAAGCGGAACUACUCUGCAAGGAUGCCUGUGGUUACUAUGGAAAUCCUGCAUGGCAAGGGUUUUGCUCCAAGUGCUGGAGAGCGCAGAACCGAACAGCAGAAGCAAAACAACAUGACAGUGGACAAAGCCCCGACGUCGACCGAGGAUCUUCUCUUACCUUCUCAAAGUUUGAAGAGAAGAAGAGCAUUGAGAAGGGCCGUCGAGUUACCACUAUGCGGAGGCUUUUCUGGGGCGGGCAGUCCCCUACAAAACCCCAAGAGUCCUCCGAGUGCCAGGCUGCAGCCUUGAAAGACUUCCAGAGCCUGGAUCCUGGGGACUUCACCACCUUUCUGAAACUGCUUCGGAAACCUACCUCCCAGAGCCUGCAGUCGCGUUGUACAGCCUUCCUCAACACUGUCGAGGCUUACCAUGACCUACCUGUGCAGAAGCAGUCUGACCUUGUGCAAGAUUUUUACCAGAGCAUCGCUGAGUAUUUCCACGGUCUUUCUGAGACUCAGGUCUCUCAGAUGAUGGAGCACAUAGAAAAGCUUAUAAUGACCCGCCUUCACAAAUGGGUCUUCUGCCAUGACAGCUGUGACGACGAGCAGAAAGAUUUGGCGCUCCAGAGAAGAAUACGGUCCUUCAACUGGAUCACACCCCAGAUGUUAAGGGUUCCAUUUCCUGAUCACGAAGCUGAGAUUACCAGAGAUCCCUUCCUACCUGCCAUAACAGCCAUAAUUGAGAUGGAUGCCAAGCGAGCGCCGCAGGACAAGCUUUCAUGCGUGUCCAAGUGCAGCCAGAACAUCUUCCAGGCUCUCUCCAGCUCCAACAGCGAGCCGGCCAACGCUGACGACUUCCUGUCGGGUCUGAUCUACGUGGUGCUGAAGGCCAACCCGCCCCGACUUCACUCCAACAUGCAAUACGUCAUCCGCUUCGGGCUGCCUCACAGCUUGAUGGCAGGAGAAAGUGGUUACUACUUCACCAAUUUGUCUUGUGCCGUGGCCUUCAUCGAGAAGCUGGACGGGUCAGCACUCAAUCUCAGUCCAGAGGAGUUCGAGGGGUACAUGCAGGAUCGCCGAGCGUCCUCGGUGUUCCUGGGAGCCAGCGAGAGGCGUCGGGUCUCCCGAGAGACACAGGACCAACUGGAGGAGCUGAGGGACCGGCAGGAGAGGGUGACCCAGGGAGUGGACGCCCUCAGGGAACAGCUACAGCAGUGGGUGCAGUCUGUUGAGGAACAGGUGGACGCAGCAACAACCCAGGCUUCUCUGGCUCACAAAGAAAUCACAGCACAGUCGGAGAUGAAGCAGAGCGAGCUCGUCUUGGCCCAGCCGGAAAUGGGGAAAGAGGAUGGCAAAGGCCUACCCGUGCCCGAGCUUGCGGAUCCAGAAUCUAACAAGGACAGUUCAACAACAGAUACGGACUGUUAGCCCUUCAUCACGAUGGAAGGUGUUUUUCAGGAAUAACAAAGCGGCGAGCGGAUGCCGUCAAGGUACCAAAUAGCAGCACAGAUGUUUUCUGAAGCAUGUCAACAUUCCUCAAUGCCAAGUUUGCACAUUAGAAACAGAACCUAGAGUACAUCCUCAGUACACUUGUUGGGACAUUCUGCAGCCUCUGAUUGGGUUUCACAGGUUGCACAGAGCUGCCAACUGUUUACACAUAUACUUGAGCUUUUUCAGGUUUCGAAAUGUUAUGUACAUUGAAUGUUUGCACAUUGGUUGUCUCAUUACGUGCAACACAUUUAUAUUGUCUUGUUGAAGGAUAUUUUAACUUGAAGGAUAUUUUAACAUGUUAAAUAUUCAAGUUCAUUGUUAAAGCAAUAUUUUUUCAUAUUUCUUGCUCUAAUGACUUGUACAAGCUAAAGAAUUAAGUUAAAAUAAACAAGUGCCUUCCUAGUGUGGUAAUAAAUUAUAAUAGAAUAAUGUGAAUAAAACCAUAUGUACAUAUUAUCUCUGAUGCAAGUUGAGGACCAAAGGUGGAGAGGAUCUUGUGCUGAAUGCUACCUGUUACUUUGUACCACUUAAUCUCGGUUGAAAAGACCCUAACACAACUGUGACCUUUCUGUUCCAUGUGGUAAUAAAAGUAUUACAAAACUAUCAACGA